AUGAAUACACAUAUUUACAAUAAAAAAGUAUUUGAAAUAUUAACAAGUAACAAUGCCUUUUGUAAUUUUUGUUUAAAGAACAUUGAAAAUGAAAAUGAAAAUUCCUAUUAUUUUGAAGAUGAAGUUGUUUUGGAUAACAAUGACAAAUGUAUAAAGUUAACGGAUUUGGUAUGUUAUGUUUUUGGUGUCAAAGCUGCAAGUUUUCGUGCUUCUGGCAUUUUAUGUCGGCAGUGUACGAAUUCCACUAUUGUCAUGUAUCAAUUUAUAAAAAUGUGUAAUUAUAACAUAGAACAACUGUGGAAUGCUGUAGCAAUCCUGGAGAACAGACUCAACAGUAUUUUAAAAUUGGAAAGUGAUAAGAAAACUUUAUUUAUUACAGUGGAUAGUUCAAAAAGUUUGACUCCACUAAUUUAUGAUAAUAAACCUGCUGCUGGAAAUUACUCUAUGAUUCUAGAAAGGUUUCAACAAAUUAGUAACAUUGAUAAAUAUAAUUUGAAAUGUAUGUAUGAAUUAUCUAAUGAUUUGGACCAUUGUGAAGUUAAUCACAGUAUAGAAGUUAAUGAGAAAGCGAAUAUUAAAUUUAAACAAAACAAGAAAAAAAAUAAAGCUAAAAAAAUAUCAAUAAAUGAAAUAAUCUUUGACACAAACAAAAUGUCACAGUAUAAAUGCAAAAUUUGUUUCAACAUUUAUUCCAAUUUGUACAGACUGAAACAGCAUUUUCUCAGAAUGCAUGCUCCUAAAGACUUUGUUUGCUCUGAAUGCUGUAAAAGUUAUGGUUCUGAAGCCUUAUUGGCACAACACAAAUAUGACUGCCACAGCCCCUUUAUGUGUUCCGACUGUGGUAAAAGUUAUACUAGUAGAUCAACAUUCAAAACACAUAUGCAAAGCCACCGAUUAAAAUUAAUUUGCCAAGUAUGUGGUAAAGUAUUCAAAAAUAAGCGAAAUUUCAGCAAGCACAUUAUAAUGAAUAUUUGUGAUCCAGUUAUAAGGAAAAUGAAUUUAGAUAAAAAAUAUGUGUGUGAUUAUUGUAGAAAAGGGUACAGCAGUAAGUCAACUUUAAGAACUCACAUAAAAUUUGCUCACGGUGAUGGGGAAGCACAAGUCUGCUCUUGGUGUAAUAAAAGGUUUCAUGCUGUUAGUAGGUUGACUGCUCAUAUUGUUACCCAUACGCAAGAGAAAAAGUUCAGUUGUGAUGUUUGUGGAGGACGAUUCGUAACAAAGGAGUCUCUGCUUUACCAUACCCGCAUCCAUACUGGAGAAAGGCCCUAUAAGUGCCAAUAUUGCGAUAAAAGGUUUUUAUCAACAUCUCGAAGAGCAGAACAUAUAAGACGACAUCACAGUGAUCCAAUGUUAGAAUGCAAUAUAUGCCACAGUAAGUUCCGAUCAAAGUCAUGUUUGACAAGGCAUAAGAAACGUCAUUUUAAUCCCAAUAGUAGAUUACAUUAUGCUCGACUAGUGUCAAAUGGGAAAGAAAUUUAA